CUCCGAGUCCUCCCACACUGAGUCCUCCCUCUAAAACAACCUGUUUUCACAUUCACUCUAUGGAACAUAAAGAACAUUUCACCUUGCUUAUAUUAACCGCAUAACUUCCAAACUUUUGUAUAGACGAAGAUAGAUGAACCUGAAACGAUUAUUGUCAUGACUUUAUUCAUCUUUAAACGCCCUGAAUUUAUAUGUUGCGAGCCUUUUUGUUCUUUUUGACACGUCUUUACUACGAUUCUAGACACUUAAAAGAGUUUUUGCCUAAAUCUCGCCGGCUCUCAUGGGACUGAGGCAUUCGUCGCGGUGUUUGCUGCUACGGCGGAAGAUGGCGGAGGCGGACAGCUCGGAGAGACAACAGCCUGUCAAGUCCCCUCUUUCCCAAUCUGCACAGCCCUCCCCUCUGCCGAAACCAGUGCCUACUACCCAUCAUGUGCCGUGCAUUCCUCACACGCCUCAUGUAGCAGUGCUUGCCACCUGUCCUGGACGAGGCAAGAUUGCCAAGUUCAUAAGCCCGGAGGAAAUGACAUCAAGGGACUACUACUUUGACUCUUAUGCCCACUUUGGCAUCCAUGAGGAGAUGCUGAAAGACGAGGUGCGGACACUGUCCUACCGCAAUGCCAUGUACCACAACAAGCAUGUGUUCAAGGAUAAAAUCGUCCUGGAUGUUGGCAGUGGCACAGGGAUCCUCUCUAUGUUUGCUGCCAAUGCCGGUGCCAAACAUGUGUACGGGAUCGAAUGCUCAAGCAUAUCUGAAUAUUCAGAGAAGAUUAUCAAGUCUAAUCACCUACACAACGUCAUCACCAUCUUCAAAGGCAAGGUGGAGGAGGUAGAGCUACCCGUGGAGAAGGUGGACAUCAUUGUCUCGGAGUGGAUGGGUUACUGUCUCUUCUAUGAGUCCAUGCUGAACACUGUCAUUUUCGCCAGAGACAAAUGGCUGAAACCUGGAGGCCUGAUGUUCCCAGACAGAGCAGCUCUCUAUGUGGUAGCUAUUGAAGAUAGGCAGUACAAGGACUUCAAGAUUCAUUGGUGGGAAAACGUAUAUGGGUUCGACAUGAGUUGCAUUCGCAAUGUUGCCAUCAAAGAACCUCUGGUGGAUGUGGUUGAUCCAAAGCAGGUGGUGACUAAUGCCUGCCUCAUAAAGGAGGUGGACAUCUACACUGUGAAGCCAGAGGACUUAUCCUUCACCUCAGCUUUCUGUCUACAGAUCCAGCGCAAUGAUUAUGUUCAUGCGUUGGUCACUUAUUUCAACAUAGAGUUCACCAAAUGUCACAAGAAGACUGGCUUCUCCACUGCUCCAGAUGCUCCCAGCACACACUGGAAGCAGACUGUGUUUUAUUUAGAGGACUACCUGACUGUCAAGAAAGGAGAAGAAAUCUUUGGCAGUAUCACUGUUAGACCCAAUGAGAAGAAUGUGCGCGACCUGGAGUUCACCUUUGAGCUAGAUUUUAAAGGACAACUAUGUGAAGCUGCUAUUUCUCACGACUAUAAAAUGCGUUAGCAGCACACAAAGGCACCGGUGAGGAGCUGCCCCAAGCCCACCUGGACACAACUGGAGAGGGGGUGGAGGCCGAUAGGUUGUCUGGAAAGCAUUCCAGUAAAUCAGGGUGGGAAGUAAAGGGGACAUCUUACAGGAUGACAUCUAGUCUGCAUCUAAAUGACGCAAUCAGAAUGAGCAUAGAUUCGUCUCUCAGCAAUAGUGCCAUCACAGAUAGCACCGGUCAGAAGUUUACAUGCAGUCAUCAUGGGUGGGAGUACCAUUACUUUUUCCACGGAGGCCAAAUAACACAAAAUAUAAAACACCAUUUUUCUUUUGGAAAACAAGAACUAGUCACACAAAAUUUUAAUUUAUUAUAGACCUCAUAUUGUCAACACCAGGUCAAAAUUACACAGACAGGCUCUGAUAUUUACAUACAGCCCUACAAAGUUUUAGAUAAAUAUCCUUUAGCAAGUUGCAGACAAACCAUUCCAGAAGCUUAAUGUUAGUCUACAUUGCCCAUUUCCAAAUCAGUUUGCAUGUGUUUAGGAUCACUGUUCUGUUUGAACACCCAAUAAUGUCCAAGCUGAACCCUCUGACUUAAACUGACACUUACGGUUAAAAAAGAUAUAGGCUACACUGUUCAAGGACAUCCAAGCUAUAAAUUGGAAGAUGCUGAAACACCAAUGUUACUGUCAACAGUAUUGGGUGUUUAACAUUACCAGCUCCAAAACUGUUGACUGAAAUUUGAAGCUGAUUACGUGGAUGAGGAAAAUACCUUUUAAAAUGAUCAGACAAAAUAAAUAUUAAGCUAUUUUGUGACAAUGACAACAAGAAUUUGUCAAGGAGUCAAAAACACUGUACCAACUGCCAAGCAUGGUGGUGGCAGCAUUAUACUCAGGGACUAUUUCCUUCAUUUGCACUGGUGCAUUGCACAAAGUGAAUUAAAUAACUGAAGGAGGAAUAUCUGCUAUAUCUUUAACUUCACCUCAAAUCAAAAGCGAGACAGUUGAAACUUGGACACAAUUAGGUGUUUAAACAGUGUAACGAUCCAUAACACACAAAUCAAAACUGGAUUUGAAAUGGAUACAGCAGUCUCACAUUAGGUUUUAAGAAUGGCACUGACCUAAACCCUACUGAAAAUAUCUGGACAAUGGUAAAAAGCUGGGUCUGUGCAGAAAAAACUAAUUAAAAAGGAGUCUAUUUUUUCCCAUAAGAGGAAUGUUUAAAUAUCCAGACAGAAUUAUGCCACAAGCUUGGUGAUGUCUAUAAGAAGUGUAUUGUUUCUCUGCAACUUGUGAUGACAUCUAUUCAAAUUAUGGAUAUAUAUAUAUAUAUAUAUAUAUAUAUAUAUAUAUAUAUAUAUAUAUUUGAACCUGUUUAUAUAAUUUUGACCUAGUGCAGUUUAAAGAAAAUCUGCAAUUAAUUUAAACUUGCUCUAUAUUGUUAUUGUUCUAAUAAAUAAUUAAAAGUCCCAGAAUAAUACACAUUAAUGCUAAAGAUGUGCAUAUGUAAACUUCUGACAUGAACAGUAUGAACAACUGCAACCCACUGUUGAAUGUUAACAGCAAACAAAACAAUUGUUCUCAUUCUUAGAUUUUUUUUGUUUAAUAUGAGACACAAAACAUUGGAAUAAUUAUUUACUGUGUGCAAAUUGGAAAACGUAUAUGUGAUUUUACAAGUUUAGGUGUCUGUGUGGAAAAUAGCAUUAUAUGUAAAGCUGUCUCUAGGUUUACUGAUCAACUUUGUGGUUUCAGAUAUUAUUAUUGUUUGGAAAACAAGUAUUUUAAAAUCAAUCUGGAGCACAUCUGGUGCAAAAAUAUAUUAUUUUUUAAUGGAGUGUAACAAUAAUGAGUUAUUAUUAUGCCAUCUGCAUCUCAUUUGGCCCAUUAUCCUCAAGUAAGCAUUAUUACAUUAUUAGUUAAUUAAAAAUGAACAUGAUAUAUUGAAUUGUCAAAAUAAUAAUGUCAAAUUAAACAACAAAAAAGAGCAAAACAAAACUUUGUGCCAGUGUAAUCAUUGUUUAUACCCUUUUUCCAAUCUUAUAAGCAAUAAUAUGAUUUGUUAACCAAGAGGCUGGAUUUGCAUUUGACUCCACAGACAAGCUCUGUAGUUGCAUUGUAUAGAAAGUACAGUGAGUGAUUGUGAUUCAUUAUUCCCCGUCUGCAUGUGGAAUUUUGGGUUGUUUUUUUUUGGGGUGGGGAAUCAAUUCUAGUGACACAGAAAAUGUUGCUUCACAUAUGUUUUUUAUUGGCCCUAAUUUAGAACAAGAUGUGCUGUGGCCUCAGAAUAAAGCAGGACAAUUUCUAAGACAAGAAACAAACACUGAUGCAAUAUGAAGAUGAGCUGAACAAUGAAAAUUGAAAAAGACAUAAAUUUGGAAGUAACGAUGAAUAAAAUGUGAAAUAAUUA